UUUUUUCACAUUGUUUGGUCACACAGAGACGAGUAGUUUAGUUAGAGAGAGAGAGAGAGAGAGAGAGAGGAAAGAGCGUGAAAAGACCAAUUUGACCUUGGAUCUUCAUCUUCCUCUCUCUCGCUUCGCUUCGCUUCUGCUAACUCCUUCUCCGAUUCGUUUUUCUGGUGAAGCUGUAACCAUGAACGAGAAGGCCAACGUUACGAAGGAGCUUAACGCCAAGCACAAGAAGAUACUGGAAGGACUUCUUAAAUUACCAGAGAAUAGGGAAUGUGCUGACUGCAAAGCUAAAGGUCCAAGAUGGGCUAGUGUAAAUCUUGGCAUCUUUAUUUGCAUGCAGUGUUCAGGAAUACAUCGAAGUUUGGGUGUGCAUAUAUCAAAGGUUCGUUCUGCAACUCUUGACACUUGGCUUCCAGAGCAAGUUGCAUUCAUUCAUUCAAUGGGAAACGAGAAAGCAAAUAGUUACUGGGAAGCAGAAUUACCUCCAAAUUAUGAUAGAGUUGGAAUUGAGAAUUUCAUUCGGGCAAAGUAUGAAGAGAAGAGAUGGGUUCCAAGGGAUGGGAAUCCAAAAACACCUUCUGGACUGCGGGAAGAGAAAAUUCCUUCACAUAGGCAGAGACCUGCGGAAAGAAGUGGGCAUGGUUAUGCUACUAUUUCUGAGAAUACUUUUGAGGAAAGGAAGAAAAUCCAACCAUCAAAUGCAAUUUCUGCUACAAGAAUUAGUAUUCCUGCACCUACCAGAGCACCUGAGCAGGUUACUCCUGUUACCAAAUCUCAGCUUGUUGAGAAAGCGGAACCAGUAGCACCACAACCACAAGCUGAAACAUCAAAGCAGGUCACAGAAACAGCUCACAAUACCCCUUCAAAAGUUGACUAUGCUACGGACCUUUUCAACAUGUUGUCUAUGGAUGGCCCAAGUGAAAAUGGCUCAGAGGCAGCUGGUUCUACUGCUGAUGAUAAUAACUGGGCAGGUUUUCAGUCUGCUGCAGAGGGGUUGACAGCUGAGAAGACCAGUCCGCCGAAAGCUGUUGGGAGUACUCCCCAAUCUGCAUCUGGAAUUGAGGAUCUAUUUAAAGAUUCACCUUCUAUGACACCAAGCUUAGCUCCAGAAAAACCACAGAAAGAUGUGAAAAAUGAUAUUAUGAGCCUCUUUGAGAAGAGCAAUAUGGUAUCUCCAUUUUCUAUGCAUCAACAGCAGCUUGCAAUGCUAGCACAGCAACAGUCUCUUCUUAUGGCUGCUGCAGCUAAAUCUACUGGUGGGGAUCCCAAGUACCCUGCGGGUAUACAACCACCUAGGCCCAAUGUUCCUGUCCAAAAUUGGCCAGCUACUGGCUACCCGAUUUCUGGAGUAAUACCCAUGGGUGGUCAGGGAGAGCUUCAGAAAUUUAUGCAGAAUCAGACUACGAACAUGACUCCAACACAUCCAGCAGGGAGUUCUGUUCAAUAUCCACCCUCUAGUUUCUAUGCUAUGGGGCAAGUUGCUCCAGUCAAUGGUAUGAUGACAAUGGGAGUGAGUAAACCUCAUUCAGCAGCUCCGGUGUCAUCAUCCACUUCAAAGUCUACUAAAGAAUAUGAUUUUUCCUCCCUAACGCAAGGGAUGUUUGCGAAACCCUGAUUCGUCUUUUGUUGGACAUUGCCAGCUAUGUCAUAUACCAUACAAGAUUAGUUGAAAUUAGAGGAAGUGCACUUUCUUUUUCAAUCUUUCCCUUGACCUUUCCGUGGGUUGUAAACUAUUUGUAGAGCUAGUUCAGUUUUUACCUCGUUUAUUUCAGGUGAUUGUGUCAUUUGUAUCGGUAGGUGUAUUCAGUAUUCACAAUAAAAAUUAGUGAUAUUAAUUAUAUAUUCCUUCCUUUGCCUCUAUAUCUUCCAUAAUUGUAAACAUAAUUUU